CUGAAUCCCAACAAUAGAGGAAGCCUUGUUAUUAAAGCUAACAAAAACCAUGGCUUUCAAGCACUACACCUUUUUCUCUCAUGUCUUUUUAGCAAUAGCCAUCCUCCUCCUCGCUAGCCACGCUCAUGGCGCUGGCCUAUGCGACAAUGCUAAAAAUAAGCCCUACUGCAAUGCAAUUGUUCGUAAUCGGACUGACGCUAAUGAUGCCUUGGUUACGUCCAUUAAAAAAUUGGUUUACGAGACCAAAGCGGCAAAGAUGUUGGCUCAAAAGCAGGCCAAGUCCCCCGAAAUUGAUGACUGCAUAACUGCCUUUGAGGGUUCCAUUGACAACCUCAAAGAUGCCUUGAGAAGCCUCCCGAGCCAUGACUUGGAUGGCCUGAAUAGCUACAUCUCGGCCGCCCAGACCAACUACGGGACAUGCGAUGACGGGUUCUCGGAUUCUGGCAAGACCAAUCCCAUUGCCAAAACUACUGCGUUCUUAGGCGAAAUGGCUAGCGUCAGUUUGUAUCUAUCAACUUUAAUUACAUGAAGAAGAGCUUGUGAGUUGUAUAUGUGAGAGUGGUCUGAAGAAAUUGUCAUAAAGUUUUCAGCUUUUUACUUUUUCUUUUCUCUUUGAUAUAUAUUUAUGGGCUUGCUCAAAGAAAAAAAAGUGUUUAUGGGAAGGCCAUGUUUGUGAUAUUUGUGUCUUCUAGAGCACUUUCUUG